UAUCCUACAAAGCCCCCUCCCUCCUAUCUCUAUAUAAAUCCAGCCCCUUUUUCAACUUUUCUUUCGGACCAAAACAAACUAAAAAAAGAUUCCUCUUUCUUCUUUGCAAAUUAGCCCUUGGGGAUUUAAUAAUUCAUGGAGGGCAUGAAGAAAAAGUGGAGUAAGUAUAUAGGUUCGAAGGGUUUGGGCCGGAGUCGAUCGGUGACCGGAAAAACCGCUGUCGGACCGGAAGGUAUGAGAAAAAAGAGCAAAUCUUGGAACAGUGGCUCGAAAUUCAAAACUCCAGUGGCUCCGGACGGUUGCUUUGCCGUGUACGUCGGACCGGAACGGCAACGGUUUGUUGUGAGAACGGAAUUUGCGAAUCAUCCGUUAUUUCAGAUGCUUCUUGAAGAUGCUGAGGUGGAAUAUGGGUAUAAUAGUCAAGGCCCAAUUUUGCUUCCCUGUGAAGUUGGGAUGUUUUAUCAUGUGUUGGCGGAGAUGGACGGCGGUGAUGGGCUGAGCCACCGUUGGACGGCUGGAGAGAGCGGUGGUUUAAUUGCUUGUAGCCCACUUCGGCUGACCACCUGCGGCAGUAGAAAUGGCGGUGGGUAUACGAUAUUAAGUCCGUCAUCGUUGCUUAAAUUAAAUGGUCUUUGACUCGGUACAUAAAUUCACAAAUAUAUAUAUUUAUUUACAUAUAUAUGGUAAGAUUUCUUCUUAUUCAUGUGUAUUGAAAUUAGGAAGAAAUUAGAUGAUGUGCGGUUGUAAAUUGAGGGAGAUUUCGAAGACAUCAAAAGGCAACAUUAGAGUUGAUUUUAUUUUCA